AAGACAUCCCACUGCCACAGGCCAGUUUCCACUUUGAAAGUCUGGGCGGCCCUCCCGCCCCUCCCUCUGGUCGCGAAGCAGUUUGCGAACAGUUGUUGCCUUCAAGGAGCCCUAGAAAGACUCAGUGGGUACAAGAUGGCAUCCCAGCAGCUCUGUUUGAGGUUUAUUGGGUUGGCUGCCUUGCUGACUCUAACAACUCUCAGAGAUGUAUCCAGUGAGAGCCACCUGCAGAAGAUCUUAGUGAGAAGAAAUGUGGCAGAAGCUGAACGUGCCCCAUCCAAGGCUUCUGUUGCCAUCCCUUCUUCCAAGGCGCAGGACUUUCUGGCCAAACUGAGCAGAACGAGGAGGAACGUCUGGGAUCGCAGCAGACCAGACGUCCAGCAGUGGAUUAUGCAGUUUAUGCAAAUGGGCUUUGACGAGCAGAGGCUGGAGGCAGACCUGCAGUACUGGAUGGACUACGCCCGCUCCCAUGACCAGGGUCGUCAGCACCACUACGAUGAAAACGCUCCCGUCGGCCCGCGGUCUUCCUACAGGCACGGGGCAAAUGUCAACUAUGACUACUAUUAACACCGCCCACACACUUUCUCAGUUGUGUUAGAGAGUAAUGAAUUGUGAUGGCUUUCAUGCCUGCCAACCUCUUCACAAGGAUCCUGCCGAUUUAUCUUGAUUGCAUCCAUCAGCUAAACUCUGACUUUCUCUAUUCCAGCUAUACAGCUUUGACUUUAACUGCUCGGCCUUAAGUUUGAGCAGGAACCUUUGCUUGAAAUAAAGAUAAGGUCUGUCCCAUCUUUGCCUCCCAAUUGCAUUUUUUUUCCUAGCUGCUGUCAUCAAAUAUAAAGGCCCAUUUCAAUACAUAUGAACAUCAUCAAAAGGUUUAUUUCAGUAGCAACAAUUUAAAAAGUCAAACUCGCAUGAUAUGUCAACACAGUGAUAUGAUGGUCUGUUUCAGAAGCAUUUUCCACCAGAAAAUACACAACUAAAAUACAUAAAGAAUAGCUCCACAAUUAUCAGGUCUAAAUGUAACCUUUUGGUACCAGUGUAAUGGUAAAACAUAAAAUUGUUUUUCCCCCAGUGGAAACACUAUCACAACUGUCACUGUCUGAUUUAUCUGUGAUUAAAGGGUAACUCACCCAGAUCAACUUCUUUUGUUGCUAAUAAACUGUAUCCAUGCGGGUCUAAUA